AUAAGCAAAAUCCAAAAGAUAUAAAAACAGUAAAUAGCUCUGCAUCAUGUUAAUGUUCAAAACACUGAGUCUGCUUUUACUUGUUAGCUGGUCAAAUGCAUUUGAUGAUACUCCAGCUUGUACGCAAAUUGAAAACUUAUUUCAAACACUUUGUGCCCGAAACGAGGCACAUACAUCAAUCGGAACUGAUACAACUCAAGGUUCUCCGGGAAAGAAAGGACCAGUUGGAGAAAAGGGUGAAAUAGGGCGACCUGGACCCGUCGGACCUCCGGCUAUCGUGGAUUACGAACGCAUCGAAUCUGAAAUAGACGAGAAAAUUGCGCCAGUUAUCAGUCAAUCGACUGCGAACAUCAACACCCUCACCUCUGUGAUAGAAAAAUUAGAGGAACGAAUAAAGAUUCUGGAAAGCAGACAAGGAGCGUGUGAAAUAAAGUUCGAUGGAAAAUGCUACUGGGUGGAGAGACUUGAUCAUUUUGUGGCUGGCUAUGAUAGAUUGGCUAGAAUAUGUGCGGAACGUAAUGGCUCACCAGCAAAUAUUUAUUCCGAGAAACAUUACAAUACCAUCAUGCGAUUCCUUCGAGCAAAAAUACUGGCAAAGAGGGAUUGGAUUGCCAUGUGGGUGGGAAUGCGAACAAACCCAACUACUGGAAUCGUGACACUUUCCGAUGGAAGUCGAGCUCGAUUCAUGAAAUGGUAUCCUGGAUAUCCCUCCAAAGAUUCUGCUUAUACGCACAUGACGAUUGUUCAAAGAGUUCCAUCAAGUUCUGCCAACAUUGGUAUCCACAACUGGCCACCAACGUCUACUCGAGAUGGCGUAUUAUGUGAAUUAUAGAGCAAUAACAAUGCUUUGGAUAAUUUUCUUGACAUGGAAAUACUUUGUAUUUUAAUCUAAUUCACGAACGCUAGACACAGUAAACGAUUAAAGCAAUGUUUUUUAAACUAAUACUUCAGGAACCUUAUUGGAAUGGUUUAUGAAAUACAUUCAAAUAUAUUAAAAUAAUCGAUUCUAUUUUUCUUCAGCAGUUUAGAAAAAUAUUACACAGUCAAUCGCAGACUGCUGCAGUGAUUGCUUCUAAAUAUCAAAUAAUAAUUAUGGUUGCUACUAGUUUGCAUAAAAAUAAAUCAAUCUUUCAAGCCAUAUUAAAAUAUCACAAGAGAGGGAGACUUUAA